AUGAGAUCUCCGAAUUCUUGUUGUUGAAAGUGUUAACUUUUGUUCAAACACGAAUUGAUUGUUCUCACCCAAAACGUUCGACCGGUCACUCCUAUCUUCUUCAAUAGACUUGUGAGAUUUGUCAAGUGGCUUGCCUGAAGUUUGAAACGUUUGAACAAAGUUUUUACUUUGAACAUGUAUCUACUAACACACAUGCACGUUUGAACUAAUGAAAGAGGGGCUACUCGCUUUGUUUUUUGGGCAGGACAACAUGGGAAGAAAGCUGAGACACCUGCUGGUUUUUCUUCUCAUCAUCCUGAAGGAGCCCAGCAUGCCAGAAGCUGCCUGCAGAUGUAAACCAUCAUUACGCUGCAUUUGCAACAACCUAGGCCUCAUCAGUAUCCCUCUGAACCUGCCGACCUGGCUGUGUUUGUUGUACCUUCGCAACAACCAGAUAACAAUGAUUCAGCCUCGUGCAUUUGCAAAUCUGCCACGGCUAGAAACGUUGUGCCUGGAUUACAACAAGAUAACAAAUAUUCAUACAGGUACAUUUGAAAAUCUGCCACAGCUACAAAGGUUGCACCUGUACCACAACCAGCUAACAAAGAUUCAGUCAGGUACAUUUGUGAAUCUACCACGGCUACAAUGGUUGGCCCUGUCCCACAACCAGAUAACAAUGAUUCAGCCUGGUACAUUUGAAAAUCUACCCCUGCUACAAAGGUUGUACCUGUCCGACAACCAGAUAACAAUGAUUCAGAAUGGGACAUUUGCAAAUCUACCAUGGCUAGAAAGGUUGUUCCUGGACCGCAACCAGAUAAUAAUGAUUCAGCCUGGUUCAUUUGUAAAUCUACCAGGGCUACAAGUGUUGUACCUGUACUGCAACCAGCUAACAAUGAUUCAGACUGGUACAUUUGAAAAUCUGCCAGAGCUAGAAAAGCUGUACCUGUACCACAACCAGCUAACAAUGAUUGAGUCUCGUGCAUUUGCAAAUAUCCCCAAACUCCGACAUUUGGACCUUCGCUCAAACAAGAUGUCCUCCAUUCCCCCAUUCGAUGUUCCUACCGUAAAACUUGGCGGGAACCCCUGGCAGUGUGACUGUAGAAUGGCUCCCUUCAGGCUAAUUCCUACAUUUAACGACCAGAUAAUUUGUGCCCUACCCGCCAAAGUCCAAGGACAGAAGCUCGCAAAUGUAGAUCCUAAAGAAAUGAUAUGUAAAGAACCACAUGUUCAUGCCCUGAACAUAUUCACUUCAACUACAAUGUCGAAAUCUUCUUCAUUUCGCAAAACAGAAACCAACCCAGGUCCCACAGCACAUGCUGUAGGUUCCACACUGCCCAUACAGACCCAAGCCCCGUUCGCAUCAUCUGCAGUGUCAGAGUCUUCAUUUGGCGACACUGAAAGCCUUAGUCCUGGUCCAAGAGUCAAACCUCGUGGUUCUACCUUCCCUGCAUUGCCGUCUGUUACUCAGCAUAAAGUCAAAACAGCCGCUACACUGGCUGUCCCGUUUCCCACCACCGGCACUUCCUCUAUUCUGUUCACUGCUAACAAACCUGAAACCAACCGUUACAGUUCUCACGAAUCUUCUCCCUGUGUUUCCAUUCCUACUCUCAUCGGCUCUGUCUGUGGUUCAGCGGCCCUCUCUAUUGUUGCCGCCGUCCUCAUCACAAUCUGGUGCAAACGGAACACCAAGAAUCCUCCCUCUGGCCCGACUUCUAACAUAGCGUUGAGUAACAUCAGCACCAAAGCUACUGUACCGACUAGUGGUUCCCUUCAUGAUCAGACAGGGCAUGGCCAGGCUUUGGCGUCCACUCAACCAUUGAAUAUCGAACAGCUAUCAAACAUUAGAGGGCCGGAUUUCUCUCAGAAUAAUCACUAUGAACGCAUAAACAGACCACCAAACCCUAACAUAACUACACGUACAGGGGUACCCACUACAGGGUCUCUUGCUCCCCAUAGAGAUGCCCCCCCUCUCCGUGAUGAUGAUGGGCCCACUUAUGUGGAGCCAGACGGUGCCCACUAUAUGACGCCAGAAGACGUCCUGUAUGAGAUGCCGGCAAACAGUCAUUGA